GGGAGUCCGAUCGGCAACGGGUCGGUGUCGGCGGAGCCGCGGCAGCGAUGUGUUGGGUGGGGAGGCGCUGGGGCCGGCGGGAGCGAGCCCUGCUGUGGUGCGUGCUGCUGGCGGCGUGGGAGGCGGCGCGGGGGCAGCUGCGCUACUCGGUUCCCGAGGAGAUGCCGAAGGGCUCGUUCGUGGGCGACGUGGCCAAGGACCUGGGGCUGGAGCUGCCGGCGCUGAGCGACCGCGGCGUGCGCAUCAUCGACAGAGGCAGGACGCAGUAUUUCUCCCUGCACGGGAAGACGGGACAUUUGGUGACGGCGGAGAGAAUAGACAGAGAGCAGCUGUGCGAGAGUAUGCAGCGAUGUGUGCUGCGCUGUGAGGUGAUAGUCGAGAAAGAUAUGCAAGUUUACGACAUUGAAGUGGAAAUCACGGACAUUAAUGACAACGCACCCAGCUUCAAGGAAAUUGAGGUUGAGGAGAGGAUAAGUGAGAUGACAGCUCCGGGGUCGCGGUUUCCCCUGAAUGAGGCUCACGAUCCAGACUCGGGGCGGAAUUCCCUGCAGAACUACGAGCUAAGCGGCGAUGAACAUUUCUCGCUGGCCGUUAAGGCGGGUCCGGGCGGCGAUCAGCAUCCUGAACUGGUGCUGGCGAAGGAACUGGACCGGGAGGAAGCGACGUUCCAUGAUCUCAUAUUAAAGGCGAUUGAUGGAGGGGAGCCGUCGCGGACGGGCACGGCGCAGAUCCGCGUGAUGGUGCUGGACGUGAACGACAACGCACCCAUGUUCAGCCAGUCGGAGUACAUGGUCCAUGUGCCGGAGGACGUGCCCGUGGGGUCCACCAUCGUCACCGUAACGGCCGCCGACGCUGACGACGGGCUGAACGGGAAUGUGAAAUACUCAUUAAAAAAAAUUACAGAGAAAGCCUCGCAGAUUUUCAAUCUCGACUCUGCGUCUGGAGUCAUAACGCUAUUGCAGAGACUGAAUUUUGAGGAACGUGAGUCUUUCGAACUGGAGGUGCAGGCACGGGACGGCGGGGGCCUUUUCGACACUGCGAAAGUGGCAAUCGCAGUCACCGAUGUGAAUGACAACGCGCCCGAACUAACAGUGACUUCUCAAUUGAGAGCGAUCUCCGAGGACGCCCCUCGGGGAACAGUCGUUGCCUUGCUGCACGUGCAGGACCGGGAUUCGGGAGCAAACGGUGCAGUGCGAUGCUCUCUGAACGAAGGCGUCCCGUUCAGCCUAGAGAGUUUGCAGGGCAGCUACUACCGUGUCGUGACGUCGCGAGAGCUGGACCGGGAGGAGGUGCCGGAGUACAACGUGACGGUGCGGGCGGCGGACGGCGGGUCGCCGGCACUGCGGAGCAGCGCGGUGCUGGCGCUGCGGGUGCUGGACGUGAACGACAACGCGCCGGUGUUCGAGCAGGCGCGGUACAGCGGCCGCGUGUCCGAGAACAACGCGGCGGGCGCGCUGGUGCUGACGGUGCGGGCGGCGGACGCGGACUGGGGGCAGAACGCGCGCGUGCGGUACCGGCUGCGGGAGGGGCGCGUGCGGGGCUCGCCGCUGUCGUCGUACGUGUCGGUGCAGGCGGAGACGGGCGCGCUGUACGCGCUGCGGUCGUUCGACUACGAGGAGGUGCGCGAGCUGGAGCUGUGGGUGGUGGCGGAGGACGGCGGCGCGCCGGCGCUGAGCAGCAACGCGUCGGUGCGGCUGUCGAUCGUGGACGAGAACGACAACGCGCCGCAGGUGCUGUACCCGCCGGCGGCGGGGGCGGGCGCGGGCUGGUCGGGCGUGGAGCUGGCGCCGCGCUCGGCCGAGCCCGGCGCGCUGGUGGCCAAGGUGGUGGCGGUGGACGCGGACGCGGGGCAGAACGCGUGGCUGUCGUACGAGCUGGCCAAGGCGACGGAGCCGGGGCUGUUCCGCGUGGGGCUGCACAGCGGCGAGGUGCGCACGACGCGCUUCCCGCUGGCCCGCGACGCGGCGCGGCAGAGCCUGGUGGUGCUGGUGAAGGACCACGGGCGGCCGGCGCUGUCGGCCACGGCCACGCUGACGGUGGUGCUGGCCGAGAGCGUGGCCGAGCUGCUGACGGAGCUGGGCAGCGCGGCGGCUUCGGCGCCGGCCGAGCCGGCCGCCAGCCUGACGCGCUGGCUGGUGCUGGCCGUGGCGGCCGUGUCCUGCCUCUUCGUCGCCUUCCUGCUGCUGCUGCUGGCGCUGCGCCUGCGGCGCUGGCACCGCUCGCGGCUGCUGGCUGCGGACGGCGGCGCCUUGCGCGGCGUCCCGGCCUCGCACUUCGUGGGCAUCGACGGCGUCCGCGCCUUCCUGCACUCCUACUCGCACGAGGUGUCGCUCACGGCCGACUCGCGCAAGAGCCAGCUCCGCUUCUCGGCCGGCAGCUGCUGCGACACGCUCCCGGCGCGCCCGGCGCCCGACGAGCCCGCGCCGCUGCUCGGGGAGGACCCUGCUGUCGCUGCCCCGCCGAGUGCAGUCCCUGAGCACCGGAGAAGAGCCCGAACCCCGCCUCGCGGCCAUCGCUCGGCUGCAGUGUCGUCGCGGCGCCUCCGGGUGCCGCUGUUGGCCGACGCGGAGCGGCGCUGGAGCCGGAGCCGCCGCAGCCGGAGCCGCCAUCGCGUCCUGUCCCCGCCGGCUGCUCGCUCGCCCGGCGCCGGACACAGCAGCAACCUGGGCACCACAGGCGAGAGGCGGCAGGGGUAG